GCGACGAUCUGACGUGCGGCGUGGAGAAUCGAAGUUGAUACGGUACCCCAUCCGAGAAAAAGGAGGAGAAAACACGGCGAAUUUGCAUUUACGCCAACCCACGACGCGCUGCCCUUCACCGCCGUUUCUACCGACCGACCCGAUCCUCCUGCUGCUCCUCCUGUCCUCCUCCUCCAGAUCCCAAAUCACCAUCGCCGCCUCCCUCCUCCCCUCCCCUCCCUCCCCAGCAAGCAAGCAAGCAAAACCCCCGCCGCCGCCGCCAUGCACCCGGCGUCCUCUUCCUCCUCAGCGGCGCACCCGCCGGACGGCGACCGCCCCAACGCCAAGGCCCCGCCGCCGCCCGGCCCGGCCAUGGGCUACCCCGCCAACGCCGGGCCCAACCCCGGCAACGCCAGCUCCGCCUACUACGCCGCCGCCCCGCCCCCCGUCGCCAACGGCAACGGCACGGCCGCCUUCGGCGUCGCCUACCCCUACCCGGCCCCGCCCCCGCACCACCACCACCACCACCCGCCCCCGCCCCCGCCCCCGCCCUACCACCACUACCACAACCACCACAACCCCUACCAGGCGGCCCCUCCGCCGCCGCCCACCUGCCUGCGCCGCCUCCUCGCGCUCGUCGUCGCCGCCUUCCUCCUCCUCGGCGCCGGCACCUUCAUCGUCUGGCUCCUCCUCCGCCCGCGCGCGCCCGCCUUCUCCCUCUCCGCUCUCACGCUCUCCCGCGUCGCCUACUCCCCGGCCAACUCCUCCCUCUCCGCCGCCUUCGACGCCUCGCUCCUCGCCGACAACCCCAACUCCAAGCUCACCAUCUCCUACUCCUCCCUCGUCGCCUACGUCGAUCUCGCCCCCUCCUCCCCCAUCGCCGUCACCUCCCUCGCGCCCUUCGCGCAGGGGCCCCGGAACACCACCACGCUCGCCUUCCGCCUCGACGUCGACGGGACCUACGUCGGGCCCGACGAGGCCGCGGCGCUCAAGAGCGGGAACGGGGGCACCAUGGAGGUCCAGGUGAGGCUCGCGGCCAUCGCCGUCUUCGAUAGAGGGGGCUGGCGCACCCGCCGGAGGGCCAUGAGGGUGCUGUGCGAUGGAGUGCCCGUCACAUUCCGUGGGAAGAACGCCACCGACGCAAAAUUUGAUGGCCCGGCACGCCGCUGCCAAGUCGUCUUGUGAAGGAUUGUUCACGGCUGUAACUACUCCAGAUGUUGAUCUAAGGGACCAUCUUCAAUAGGUACGAGAAGUUAGCUGAUCUUAUAAGACGCUGGCCAGACACUGAUUCAUGAGUAAUGGCUGGGUAACUUCAGUUUACCUGCGUGCCCAUAGAAUCCGUGACCAGGAAGAGUCUGAAAUGAUGCUUAAUUGAUAGUAUGUGACUUCUUCACCCAUCAUAUCAUAGGUUCAAGAUGGGUGGACAUUGAAUAUACCGAGUGUGCAUGUGGGAAAUGCUUGGCAAGAAUGAUUAUCCCUGGUUGUUAAUUUCCCCCAAGUGAGAACCUCAAUCAUGUAUGGAUCCUUAGGGGGGGCUACAUAUCAUACUCCCUCCGUCCCAAAAUAAGUGUCAACUUUGUACUAACUUUAGUACAAAGUUGAGUCACUUAUUUUGGGACGGAGGGAGUACUUUAAUGUACUUGCGCCUGAAACAGGCUCUAAUCACUUAUUGUGCUUAUAUUUGAAGUUCUGUAUGUUUAGGAUC